UACGCUGUUUUUUUCCUUCCAGGCCCUGCACGCUGAGUGUGAAUUAGGGCAGCAGACAUGUCGGGCUCCAUGGACAGCUCCAUGAUCGAUGUGUCCAGUGACAGCUUCUGGGAGGUUGGGAACUAUAAGCGCACAGUGAAGCGGGUCGACGAUGGCCACAGACUUUGCAGUGAUCUGAUGAACUGCCUUCAUGAACGUGCUCGUAUAGAAAAAUCCUACGCACAGCAGCUCACAGAAUGGGGCAAGAGGUGGCGACAACUGAUUGACAAAGGCCCUCAGUAUGGCACACUGGAGAGAGCCUGGUCAGCACUGUGCACUGAAGCAGAAAAAGUGAGUGAGCUGCACAUGGAGGUGAAGGCCGCGCUGAUGGGAGAGGACUACGAGAAGCUCAAGAACUGGCAACGUGACGCCUACCACAAACAGAUGAUUGGGGGAUUUAAAGAAACAAAAGAGGCGGAUGACGGAUUCAGAAAGGCACAGAAACCUUGGGCAAAAAAACUCAAAGAGGUGGAGACGAUGAAAAAGACCUAUCACUCGGCCUGUAAAGAAGAGAAGCUUGCCGCCAGCAGAGAAACCAACAGUAAACUGGAGAGCAACAACAAUCCUGAGGCUCAGAAAAAACUGCAGGAAAAACUAGAGAAGUGUCAACAAGAGGCACAAAAGACAAAGGAGCGCUAUGAGAAGUCCCUAGAGGAGUUGGACAAGCUGACCCCUCAGUACAUGGAAAACAUGGAGCAAGUGUUUGAGCAGUGGCAGCAGUUUGAAGACAAACGCAUUAGCUUUUUCAAAGAAUUGCUCCUGGAAGUCAAACAACAUCUGGACCUAUCCAGCAAUCACAAAUUUCAGACAAUCUACCAUACGCUGGAAGACACGAUUUCUGCUACUGAUGCCGAAGACGACCUCAAAUGGUUCCGGUCAAACCACGGUCCAGGCAUGCCCAUGAACUGGCCACAGUUUGAGGACUGGUCUUUAGAUUUGAACCGGACUCUGAGCAGACGAGAAACAAAGAAGAAGUCAUCUGAAGGUGUAACACUGACUGGGAUCAGUCAGACUGGAUCUGAUCAGCCUGUGAAGACCACAAGCAGCCUCACCAUGCCCACCAUAACUGAACCGGUGAGCACAAACCCCUUUGACGAAGAUGACGAUGAGGAGGAGGUGCAGACCACAGUCAACCACAACAGUGUCAAUAAAGAAGAAAUAAACAUUGCUAGCAGUACAGAGAAGGCCCCGGACUGGUCUGAUGAAGACACAAGCGCGAAUCCCUUUUCCACCAACGGAAAUGGAAAUCCGUUUGAGGAUGAACCAUCUUCUCUGGGGAUAUCUGUGCCUGUUCGAGCUCUGUACGAUUAUGAAGGGCAGGAACAGGAUGAGCUGAGUUUCAAAGCAGGAGACGAAUUCACAAAAAUUGGUGAAGAGGAUGACCAGGGCUGGUGCAAAGGUCGACUCAAGAAUGGACAAAUAGGUCUCUAUCCUGCCAACUAUGUUGAAGACAUCCAGUAAAACACCGCCAAGCUCUAUAUUCUGUGUCUUUCCUGUGGACAGUCAGACUGAAGGACAGUAACAUCUGAGUGGACCACUUGUUAUAUUGUCUUCCCAUAAAAUUACCUUUGUUAAAACUAUUUAAAAUAUGGAAAUUAACCACUUCAAGUAUUGCUUAAGAAGCCAAAAAGCUUUUCCUGUAAUCAAUGGCACAAAGCAAAUGUUACCCAGAGCUACAACAAUCUGAUGUAUGCUGUUACAGAAAAUAUAACUUUUAUGAAAUUCAGUGACAUGUAUUUGAUCCUGUUUUGUUUUUUAAAAGAAGUUCACUGUUUUGCAUUUUUGUUUUUAGAAGAAAACCACUAUGGAUGCAUUAAGGGAGGUGAUCUAAAUACAUUUAAACCGUUUCUGCAGGUUGAAAAUGGGUCCAUUUUGAUUUAUAACAUGUUAAAAUGUUUUAAUAUUUGUAAUUCCUGCCUUUUUUCAUGCUUAGUUUGGAAGAUCUGAAAUUAUUAGGAAUGACCAAAAUAAAAAUCAACUGUCUAUAU